GUAACAUGCAUUUGGACAACUUUGUUAAACCGAUUAUGUGAUUGUGAGAUUCCAAAUAUUCAAGGGGGAACGUGUUAGCAUGUCUUUUCAACUCCUUGUUAUUAUUACUUAUUAGGCUAUUAUCAGAUUCUCACGAUUCUUAUUAAAAUCUUAAUUCUCAAUUGAAAUUGAAGAAAAUUUGGAAUUGGGUCCUAAGAUUAUCUAAAGUUUUCUCUACCUUCAAUUGGGUUCUACAUCUGGAAUAUUCAUCUUCAAACUUGGGAUCUUCAUUCUUCCAUCUACUGAAGAGAUAUUGUAAGGAGGACAAAGAUUUAUCAUGCACAUCUACAGAGUAACAAGUUAUCUACUUGAGGAGAGAGAGUCUUUAUUUAAUUAUCUAGCCUCUUAAUUAUUUCUUUUUUCUAUUUGGUUGUUUUCCCCUUAAGCUUCUUCGAAGAGCUAAGCAUUGACCAGGUCCAAACAAGCUAAGUCUUGUCAUUUCCAAACUUUGCACCGUCAUCAGGUUAUUUUCUUACUUCCACUUUGUCCUAACACCAUUUUUCUACUUCACAAAAAUUAUAUGCUUGAUGUUCAAAACCAAGAUAUAUAAUACAAAUUUAGUUUCUAUUAUUUUCAGGGCGGAUAUCUUGUAGAAUCAACAAAAACAAAAUACUGGACUUUCAAAAAGAAAAACAAAGAAAAAAAAAACAACAAAAGUAAACAACUGACUGUUGAUCAUGUCAAAAGGACAUUUGCAAGUGCUCAAUUCACUAGAUGUGGCAAAAACACAAUGGUACCAUUUUAAAGCCAUUGCAAUAUCUGGCAUGGGCUUCUUCACGAAUGCCUAUAACUUGUUUUGUAUCGCCAUGGUAGAGAGGCUGCUCGGACGCUUGUACUAUACCAAACCCGGCGCAGAAAACCCGGGGGCGUUGCCCAUUAAUGUAUCAGCUGCAGUAUAUGGGUUGGCACUUUUCGGAACCAUGGUUGGCCAACUUUUCUUUGGGUGGCUCGGAGAUAAUAUGGGUCGAAAAAAGGUAUAUGGUAUGACAUUGAUUUUGAUGAUCUUCACUUCCAUAGCCUCAGGACUCUCCUUUGGAGGUAAUGACGUGAGAGGAGUAAUGUCUACUCUCUGUUUUUUUCGCUUUUGGCUUGGGUUUGGCAUUGGAGGAGAAUAUCCUCUUUCGGCCACCAUAAUGUCCGAAUAUGCCAACAAGAACACCCGUGGGACAUUUAUAGCUGCUGUCUUUGCAAUGCAAGGCAUGGGUAUUUUAGGAGCUGGGAUAGUCACACUCAUAAUUUCAGCAGCAUUUGAGAGCUGGUUGAGACCUCCCCCCUACAAUGUAGAUCCUGUGGCCUCUAUUCCACCGGAAUCAGACUACAUAUGGCGACUUGUAUUGAUGUUUGGUGCUAUCCCUGCAGCUUUGACCUACUACUGGCGUAUGCAGAUGCCUGAGACUGCAAGGUACACUGCCUUAGUUGCCAGGAACCCAACACAGGCGGCUCAAGAUAUGUCGAAAAUCCUUAACGUUCAGUUAGAUGCAGAGGAGGAAAGGUUUAACGAAAUGGCAAGAAGUGAGAGGCAGCAAUUUGGUCUAUUCUCAACUGAAUUUGCUCGUCGAUAUGGCACCCGCCUCUUAGGAACCACUAGUACCUGGUUCUUACUCGACAUUGCUUUUUACAGUCAGAACCUUUUUCAAAAAGAUAUCUUCUGCAACAUUGGAUGGAUCCCAGCUGCAAAUGACAUGAAUGCUAUCAGGGAGGUUUAUAAAAUAGCUAGAGCUCAAACUUUGAUCGCGCUGUGUGGAACCGUACCUGGAUACUGGUUCACUGUGGCUUUCAUAGAUGUAAUUGGACGAUGGUGGAUCCAAAUGAUGGGAUUCUUUUUUAUGUCUAUUUUCAUGUUUGCAAUUGCUUUACCCUACGAUCACUGGAAAAAGGAAGAGAAUCAUAUUGGAUUCAUCAUUAUGUAUGGGCUUACGUUCUUCUUUACCAACUUUGGUCCUAACUCCACCACCUACGUCGUGCCUGCAGAGAUAUUUCCCGCUAGGUUGAGGUCUACUUGUCAUGGAAUAUCAGCAGCAGCAGGAAAGGCUGGGGCUAUAGUGGGAGCUUUGGGGUUUGUUUACGCAUCCCAAGACAUAGAUCCGACUUUGAGACAUGAUGGUUAUCCAGCUGGUAUUGGCAAGAAGAUGUCGCUUAUCGUUCUUGGUGUAAUUAGCUUCCUUGGUAUGCUCUGUACUUUCUUAAUACCAGAGCCUAUGGGUAAAUCACUUGAAGAACUUGCUGGAGAAGUUGAAUUUGACGAUGCUAAAUAUGACAAAAGUGUUGGUGCUUGAUUAUUUUUUUUUCAUCCCCUGCUGGUAAAUCACUUACCUUUAUUGUCUUGUUACUUCAAAACUUACUAGUUACUAGAACUGAUUGAUUACUUGUUCUUUCUCUCUCAAAAUUGAUUCAAUUUAUUAUACAUCUUGGUUUUGUUGUUUGUCUCUCAAAUGUCAGCCGCUCUUUAAUUAAUUUAAAGUCUGGUUUUGCUUUUGCUUUAAUUUGUUGAUACUAUAUCAAACUACUCCAACUAUCAACCAAAUAAAAAAGAAUGUAGUUGUAUCUCGUCCACCAAAAACCUAACCCAAAAAAAUCCUAAGAAUUUAAAUCUCAUGAGUCAUAACUGAUAAUAUUAUAUUAUAGAGUGCACACAAUCUUCAAAUCAUCCCCAGAAGCAAACCAUGAAGGAAGAAUCUUGCCAAGAUGUGGCCUAAGAUCCUUAUAUGUACUCCUAAUAGUUCCUUCAAAAACCCCAGUAGUCACCACAACAUCUCUUAAAGAUGGUCGUUUACUCUCUCCAACAACUGACUAACAAUGUAUAUCACCGCACCAGCCAACGACAACAGACUCCUCCUGACCUCGAUCUCCUCUUCCGACGUCUGAACCGCUUCAAACGCUGCCUUCAUUGCACGGUUAUCCAUAUUCCCCAUAUUCGAACAAAACCUCUUAACAAAAUCCGCAGCUCGUACCCUCAUAUUAUUGUUGUUAUCAUAAUUAUUCUUAUUUUUACUAUCUUCCUCGUCCUUGAGAUGGUUCAUGAUAGACGUCUUAGCCUUGCCUACAUCCUUCUCAGUGGUUCCAUUCGCCACGAUGGAACAAACCUCCUUCAACGUUAGAGGGAGGUUCUCUUGCUGGCAAGCCACGAACACGCACGCAGCCACCAUUUUUGUUUAGUUGGUGGACGAGAUACAACUACAUUCUUUUUUAUUUGUUUAUGCAUGCUUUGAAAAAUAUUUGAAAAACUUAAAACACUUUUUGGAUUAGGAAUAGGGCUCUUAAUUGGGUAUGGAGAACCUAAACACUAGUUUCAUCAAUCAUUAAACUCUAUUUGAGCCUAAUCACCUUUUCCUAAUCGCACAGGGAGAAACUAGAAAAACCCCAUAAACCCCCAAUUUUUCCAACACAAUUAUUUUCUCGCUCCUCCUUCUCCCAAGAUUUCGACCCUCUCCCUCCUUAUUUUUCUCUCUCUUCCUCGUCGAUUCCAUCCUGUCGACCGACCACCACCGUCGAUUUUCUUGCCCGGCGCCUUCCUUCCCUCCUCUUCUUACUUUGGUAAUUUCUUCCUCCUCAAGUUAUUUUCAAUGCAAAGUUUUUUAAAAUUUGUUUUAAUAAAGAGUAUGUUUAAAAGUUAUAAUUUGAUGAUUUGAUUGUGAAUCUAAGUUUAUAUAAUUUAUGUAUUGAAGAAAUAAAAAUUCAUAUUUACUUAUUAUGUUUGGAUUGGAUUUUUAUUUAUCAAAGCAUGGAUUUUUAGGGUUUUAAAGAUUGGAAAAUCAUAAUAGUAUGUCAUAGUUUAUGAGAUUGGUUAUUCUUAUGAUUAUAAAUAUGUUUAAGCAGGUUUUAAAAGAGUUUUUAAUAUAUAAUAUGUUGCUGGAAACUUGAAAAGUGUAUUGUUGAUGGAGAUUUGUGAGCUUAAAACUUCGGGUUUUGAGAGUUUUAACACCUAGUAUAGUACUACUAUACUAGGAGGCUUUAAUACUUAAGAUUUAAUGAUGGGAAAGGUUUUUAAACUCUUUUAAGAAGGAUUUAAAGUAUUUUAUUAUUGCUGUAAAUUCAUAAAGGAUUUUUUGUGGAUUUAUACUGGUUGUUUUUGGCAGGGAAUUCUCUUUAGGUGGCUUUUGAGAUUGUGAAAAUGGUCGCCCAAUUUGUCUACACAAGGUACAUAGAUACCUAUGCGUUGAUUGGAUUAAUAUCAUGAUACUAAGGAUAUGAAUUAUGUAGCAUCAUAUUUAGGAACUACUUUGAGUUCAUAUAUGAUUUCUAUUAUGUUAGAUUUGCAUGUUUUAUACCGUUGUGUGAAACAUGUUGAUUAUGAGAUUUAUAUUAUGUUUGUAUGGAAGAUUGAUGCAAACAUAUGCGAUUUGGAUCAUGAUUGAAUCAUGUUGUUCCCUUUUUAUUAUUUCAUUACUUUAUAAGGGCCGAGGGCCUUGGUAAGUUGAUAUUUAUACCUUUGAAAGGUUGGUUGGUUGUUGGCUAGGUUCAACAAAUAAGGAAGAUUGGAUUAAAAUUGGAAUUAGUCUUGGGUUGUUAAGUUGUUUGAUCACUUAUCUAAUCCUAAGAUAUAAGUGGAAGUUUAUUAUUGUUUGAUGAUUGUAUUAUCUGUAUUGCUUGUUAGUCAUAACAAGUAAUAAAUUGUUAAUCAUGUAAAGUGAAAUGUGGACAACAAUAGUUUUAGACUUGUGCACGUCUAAAGUGUUGGACUAGUAGAGAGUUGGAGUACAUGGUGGUAGCCCAUGGCUUUUCCUGGGUCCGGAUUGAUCAUCGUGUCCUAUUUUCAUUUAAAAGGUUCCACGAUAUCGUAGGUCAUGGGAAUACAGAGUCGCAUCCGUAUUUCGUCUUCUAAAGAAAAGGCUUAUUUUUAGUCAAACAACUCGUUCAAUUAACUAUUCCAUUUAAAGUAAUUAAAUUAUGGGUUGUGAAGUUUAAUUCAGUAAAAGUUAUCGGCAAAGUUAUUAUUUACUUUUGCUUAUUAUGUAUUAGUAUCAUGUUAGAAUUGUUUAUUUAUUUGUUAUUAUGUAGUACUCAACUUUGCUAAUUACGUGCUUUUGUGUUAUGUAUGUUGAUCAUGGCUAUGCCUUAUUGAUCCUAUGACGACCCAUUUGGUGAGCAGUCUCUAAGGAUCAAUAGUGCAUUGUCCAUCUACAGGUUUGGAGAUGAUGCAUCAUGGGUUCGGGAUUGGAGAACUUGUGUAGAUUAUUUAUUGUACUUUGAUUUCAUAUUUUUGUAGUUGACUUUGACUAUGGUCAUUGACCUUGACUUUGUUGGUUUGACUUCUUUUGAGUUGACUAAGUUUUAUUUCUAAAGUU